AUGGUGAUGGACUCACUAAGCAGAAUUCUUAAUGCCAUGUUUCCGAAGGUUCAGAUCAAUCAACAGGACCCAAAUAUGUUGACCUAUUCUACUAAUCAUUUGUUCUUCAUUGACGACCUAAGGAUAUUCGCUCUUAAAGAAGAUGUAGUAAUUAAAAUGAUGGAAGCUAUUGAUGAAUUCUUUAAAAUAGUUGGCUUGGAGAUGAAUUUAGAAAAGUCAGCAUCAAAUGUUAAAUCGUUAUUUUGUUGUGAGACUUUGGAAGGAGUCCAAAGAUAUCGUUAUUUGGGUGUACUUGAAAAUAGAGGAAGUAAUGUCCUUAAGAGUAAAGUAAUGAAUUCUAUCCUUGGAAAUGUUAAGAAAAGGACAACCAUGCUUUCAAAGACGAAAUUAAAUUCGGUCAACUUGUUCCAUGCUAUAAAUGAAUAUGCCAUUUCCCUAUAUAAUUAUUACAUCCGAAUUAUUAAGAUUGUAUUGACCGUCAAAUACGACAACUUCUGA